AAAAACCUACUCUAAUAACUAAAGGUAGUUUGGCGCACUAUCUUCAUCGAUGUUUGCAGUAGCUGCGAUUUUCAAUAAUCAGUUGCGAUACAUUGCUGUUGUGACUGUAUGAUGUGAAAGGUCGAAGGGAGAGAUAGGACGACAUUGAGCUCAAACCUGCAACGUUGUGUUUAUUGGAAGAAGACAGCUACGGAUUUCUGCCGAAGAUCUGUUUCAGCACCCCUGAGCGGAGUUUCACUGACCUUCUAGAGUGUGCUCUGCUCGUCGAUCCCUGUACAGAAGGCCUGGUACUCAUUCGACUUGCUGCGUCACAACCUCACAAACCUGCCGAACAUAUGAAGCCUUGGUCGACGAGAGUACAAGUUGUGGGGCGAUGGGUGCACUCUCGUCUCCGAGCAAGCAGGUGCACCGGCCACUCGUGUUUGCCUUGAAUGGAGAGCGUGUGGAGCUUCACAAUGUGGAUCCUGCCACCACUCUCCUCUCCUACAUCCGCUCCGAGACUAGAUUCAAAGGGCCAAAGCGGGGAUGUGGCGAAGGUGGAUGUGGUGCGUGUUCGGUGAUAAUUUCCAAGUACAACCCCGAGACCAGAGAAGUGAAGGAGAGCUCGAUAAAUUCGUGUCUAGCGUUGCUUUGCUCAGUUGAUGGCUGCGCCGUCACCACUUCUGAAGGCUUGGGUAAUAGUCAAGCCAGUUUCCACGCCGUUCAGAAGCGUAUCUCGGCUUUCCAUGGUACUCAAUGCGGCUUCUGUACCCCAGGAAUGACUAUGGCCAUCUACAGCUGCCUCAAGCACACGCAACAGCUCCGAUCCAAAUCACCAGCAAUGGACGGCAAUGGAGCUGCUGCCGCAAGACAAGUUGCAGGUUCAACAUCUGCAGAACUGGAGAGAGCAUUACAAGGGAACAUUUGCAGAUGCACAGGUUACAGACCUCUUUUAGAUGUGUGCAAAUCUUUCGCUAGCGACGUGGACCUAGAAGACCUGGGCAUCAACACUUGUUGGGCUAACAAUGCAGAAGCUAAGCACGAGAAUCUGCCACCUUACAAUCCAAAGAUGGAUCCCCAGUUCCCUGAAUUCCUCAUCACGGAAUUAGACGCUAGAAAGAAGCGUACACUCGAAAAGGAUACUGCGGGUCUGUCGGAGAUAGAAUUAGCUGGUGAGAGCUUGGAUGCGAGGUUCAAACAUGUGGAGGGAAGCAAAGAGGAAAAGGUGGAGUGCUCGUGGGUGAGCACUGGCAGCUUGGCACAACUCAGUGUAGCAAUGAAGGCGCUCAAGGGAAGACGCGAGCAACUGAAGCUGGUGGUGGGCAAUACAAGCUCUGGUUACUACAAGGACCACCGACCCGAAGUUUUUGUAGACGUCAGCCAGAUACCUGAGCUCUUGUCUGUGCGUCGUGACUCUCAUGGCCUUGAAAUCGGUGCAGCCACUCGCAUUGCCGAGCUCAUCGACUACUUGGAAGAGUUCGAAGGCAACCCAGUGGCGGCAGGACUAGCUGACCACAUGAAAAAAAUUGCUGGAAACCAUGUUCGGAACUGGGGAAGUGUUGGGGGUAACCUUGUCAUGGCGCAACGAUUCGCGUUUGAAUCCGACCUUGCUACCAUCCUCUUGGGUGCAGGAGCGUCAGUCAAGAUUGUGACAUUCAAUGGCCUGGCUGAUCACUCUUACGCGACGGAGAAGCUAUCUCUCUAUGGUUUUCUGGAGAGAGGGGCUAUGGAUCAUGACAGUAUUCUGCAAUCGGUGUACAUUCCUCUUGAAGAAGAUACUGGAGCCGCGGAGACUUCCUUUCGAUGUUAUAGAGCAUCUCCCAGGCCGUAUGGUAAUGCAAUUUCGUAUGCCAAUGCCGCCUUUCACGCUCAUGUCUCAAGUAACCGGGAGCAGGGGACCAUUGUGAUCGAGAGUGUUCGGUUGGCGUUUGGUGCGUUUGGGACGAAGCAUGCGAUUCGGGCUUCAAAAGUAGAGAAGCUGUUGGGCGGCACCACCCUUACCCUCGCCAUAGUGAAAAAAUCCGUGGAUCUGCUGAAAACGGAAUUGGUACCGGUGGAAGGGACUGACAAGAAAGAGUAUCGCGUCAGCCUCGCGGUGGGAUUUUUGUUUGAGUUUCUGAAUUCUCUUCUAUCUAGCGAAGCAACCGUGGCUCCUACACCUCUCUUUCCUCAUGUUGGUAAGCAGCUUGUGCGGUUGACGGACGAUCAAUACCCUAUUUCGCAGCCCAGAUCGAAGUUACAUUCACUUCUUCAAGCAUCUGGAGAGGCUGAAUAUGUAGACGACAUCCCUUCACCUCCUCGUUGCCUGCACGCCGCCUUCGUGCUUAGUUCGGAGGCUCAUGCAAAACUUGAGGCUAUCGAUGCCAAGGUUGCACUGGAGUCUCCCAGAGCGAUCGCGUACAUGUCCCUGCGCGACAUCCCUGAAGGUGGGCAAAAUGUCGGCAUAGUCAACAAUUACAACGGCUACGAGACGGAGAGUCUGUUUGCCGAAGACAUCGUAGGUUACGUUGGCCAGCCGCUGGGUGUGAUGGUCGCAGAAACGUACGACCUUGCUAAACUCGCAGCCGGAAAAGUGAAGGUUACUUAUGACACCAGCAGCGUAGAACCUCCAAUACUCACAGUAGAUGAUGCUGUUGCAAAAAACUCAAUUUUCCCCGUGCCCCCUUUUGUACUGCCAUCCCAACAUCAGCACAUAGGAGAUGCUGGAAAGGCUCUUGCAGAAGCAGAAUGUCAACUAAGUGGAGAGUUCUCUACGGUUUCGCAAAGCCACUUUUAUAUGGAGACACAGGUAGCUUUAGCUGUUCCCGGCGAAGAUGGUAGUCUGACAGUUUACAACUCGACACAGUCUCCUGAUUUCCUCCAGCAGGCCAUUGGUGCCUGCCUCAACAUUCCUCUCAACAAAAUUCAAGUCAUCUGUCGCCGACUUGGUGGAUCAUUCGGUGGGAAGGUCUUACGAAACCAACAUGUGGCUGUAGCGGUUGCGUUAGCUGCUCACAAGUUGCGAAGACCGGUUCGAAUGUCCUUGGAUCGAAACACUGACAUGCAAAUUAUAGGAGGACGUGUCCCAUGGAAGGCGAAGUUCGCGGUGGGGUUUACGAAAGCGGGCAAAAUCACAGCAGCUAAAGUGGACACUCUCAUUGAACUAGGUUGGUUCAGCGAUUUUUACUUGAUUACACCUGCAUUUGUAGAUUCUACUGUAAAGAAGUACAACUUUGGAACCUUGGACCUCUCCUUCACGAUGUGCAAGACAAAUAAUGUGCCCAAGACUGCAGUGCGAAGUCCUGGGCACGCACAAUGUAACGUCAUUGCUGAAGCAAUCUUGGAUCACGUGGCAUCCUACUUGGGCGUAAGUGGGAACAAAGUUCGUGAAGAAAAUUUACACACUUUUGAAAGUCUUGUUCUAUUCCAAAAUAAGGAACUUCUGUGCAAUGAGGCGGAAUAUACGUUGCCAGCAAUCUGGGCCCAACUCAGAUCUCAGGCAAGAGUGGAGGAGCGCGAAUUGGAAGUGCAGAAGUUCAAUGAUCGGAGCAAGUGGCUCAAACGUGGCCUGUGUAUGGCUCCGAUUGUGUAUGGAGCCGGCGGUGUAGGAAAUCAGUCCAUGGUGAGCAUUUUCCAAGAUGGUUCUGUCGUAGUGCAGAUCGGAGGCAUCGAAACGGGGCAGGGAUUGUAUACGAAAGUGGCACAAGUGGUGGCUUACUCGUUGAGUCCGUUAUGUUCAAAGGUCGAAGUUUCGAAAAUACUUAACAAGAUCCAGAUCCUUCCACUUGAUUCGCUGCAUCUGCCAAACACAUUUUGUGAUGCCGGGAGCACAACCUCAGCGGCGACGUGUGCAGCUGCCCAGCAAGCGUGUGAAGUUUUGGUGCAACGCUUGUUGCCAUUGAAAGAGCAACUUGCCCAGGCUCAGCCUAACGGAGAGGUUCUAUGGGAGGAUCUUUGUUUCACGGCCAAAAGGAGGAUGAUGAACUUGCAAUCUUAUGAGUACUGGGCUUCACCCAACUAUCACUACUUGAUCUUCGGAGCUGGAGUCAGCGAGGUGGAGGUCAACAUUUUAACAGGUGAGACCAGAGUGUUGGCCACGGAUAUUCUCUACGAUGGUGGGAAGACCUUAAAUGCAGCGAUUGACGUCGGACAGGUUGAAGGUGCAUUUGUGAUGGGCCUUGGAUUCGUCUUGACCGAGGAAAUUACAACGGAUUCGAAGGGGAAGGUUUUGACUGACGGCACGUGGACAUACAAACCACCCACUAUUGAUACAAUUCCCCGACGAUUCAACGUAGAGUUUUACAAGAGCCCCUACAGCAACAAGCGGCUCUUCUCUUCCAAAGCGGUCGGCGAGCCACCCUUGCUAGCAGCAUCAACUGUCCUCUCGGCAAUCAGGAUGGCCAUCGCUGCUGCACGCAAAGAUUACAAAGGAGGCAGUCCCAAGCACGACGUCUUUGAAUUAAACCCACCUGCGACCGUGGUUAAGGUGAAGAAGUUGUGUGGCAUCGACAACGUCGAGAUGCACCUGCAAUCCACAUUGCACAAAUCUAAUGGAGAGCUCCAGUCCAUGUUGAAACCAAGCAAUAGUUGACAAGAUGGAAAGCGUUUCUAUUUUGUACCCAGCAGAAGAGUCACAAGUGCUGCACACUAUUGCUUCAGUCAUGACGACCCAAGCAGUAGCGGUGCCUCAAUGAUUGUGCUACGCCUGUAAAUACAGCUGGGAAUAUAGCCUUGUGAUUGCAGUGAAAAUAUCAAUGCACUGUACAUACUUGGGGGUGUUGGAAGAGGUCAGUGAAACAGAGGGAAACGUUUGGAGACUGUUUAUGUUUGUUGUGAAACAUUGAUAUAUAUAUAUAUAUAGAUAGAUAGAUAGAAAGAGGUAGAGAGCGAUAGAAGGAAAGUUGUUAAAACCACACUCCAUGUUGUUACUACCAUAUCUCCCUUGUGUUCUCAUGAUUAAUUUAAUAUAUUCUCAAACAACCUCAUUCCACUCCA